UGAUGCACAAGAAAGGUCAGGUUACAUUAGAGCAUCCAUUCCGGGAGUCUUAAAGAAGUUCUAAAGGCAGGAUGAAUUACACUGGUUAAAACAUUGGAACUAAAGAUCAGUCACCCGGGGCACCGCUGCGGGAGCGCCGAGCGCUCCGCGGGCCGGGCGCAUCCUCAAGCCUCCGCCGCUCGGCAAAGGCUACCUGCAGCAAAACGUGCCGUUUCUGUCCAGUUGGCCAUGCCCCUUUCACUUUAUGGCUAACAUAACAUCGAGGGGAAUUUUCACGCCGAAGCGCCCUCAACAAUCAUUCGCUGUGUCUUGACGGGAAGCCGGCGCUCCAGCGGGAGGGGGCGCGCCCUCACGGCAGCCCCUUUCCCGCGGCAGCCCGGGGGUCUCGGUCCCGCCGUGCCCCGCCGGCCGCGGGGCCGCGCCGCGCUCAGCGCUGCCGCGGUACCUGUUGCGGCGCCGCGCCCUCGGCCCCGCUCCCUCAGCAGCCCGCGGCGGGCGCGGCCCGGCCGGACAGAGGGGCGCCCCGGACCGCGGCACUCCGCUGCGCGCAUGCGUCCCGCUCUCGGGAAUCGGUUCUCCUCGGCGGUCCGCUGCAAGUUCCAGCCCGCGGCUCGUCCCCCGUGAGGCGGCGGCCGGGAUGGGGGCGGCUGCGGGGCGGGCCGGCCCGCGGGCGCUGCUGCUGCCGCUGGCGCUGGCCGUGGCGUGCGCGGCGCGCAGCGCCGACGGGCCCAGCAACAUGUCCUACGUGAAGGAGACUGUGGACAGGCUGCUCCAAGGCUACGACAUCCGCCUCCGCCCGGACUUCGGAGGUCCGCCCGUGGAUGUGGGCAUGCGGAUAGAGAUCGCCAGCAUCGACGUGGUCUCGGAAGUCAACAUGGACUACACCCUGACCAUGUACUUUCAGCAGUCCUGGAGGGAUAAAAGGCUCUCUUAUUCUGGAAUACCUUUGAACUUAACUCUGGACAACAGAGUGGCUGACCAGCUCUGGGUGCCGGACACGUAUUUCCAAAAUGACAAGAAAUCAUUUGUCCAUGGGGUGACAGUGAAAAACCGAAUGAUUCGACUCCAUCCAGAUGGGACAGUCCUUUAUGGCCUACGGAUCACAACAACAGCUGCUUGCAUGAUGGAUCUACGCAGAUAUCCUCUGGAUGAGCAAAACUGCACACUAGAAAUUGAAAGUUAUGGAUACACUACUGAUGAUAUUGAAUUUUACUGGAAUGGAGGAGAGGCAGCAGUAACAGGAGUAAAUAACAUCGAGCUCCCGCAAUUUUCUAUUGUGGAUUACAAAAUGGUAUCAAAGAGAGUGGAAUUUACAACAGGAGCAUAUCCUCGACUAUCACUUAGCUUCCGCCUUAAAAGAAAUAUUGGAUACUUCAUUUUGCAAACCUAUAUGCCUUCCACGCUGAUCACAAUUCUGUCAUGGGUGUCUUUUUGGAUCAAUUAUGAUGCCUCUGCAGCUAGAGUUGCUCUAGGAAUCACCACUGUGCUGACCAUGACCACCAUCAGCACCCACCUCAGGGAGACCUUGCCAAAGAUCCCCUAUGUCAAGGCAAUAGAUAUUUACCUGAUGGGAUGCUUUGUGUUUGUGUUCCUGGCCUUGCUGGAAUAUGCCUUUGUAAACUACAUAUUCUUUGGGAAAGGACCUCAACGUCAAAAAAAGACAGCAGGCAGAGCAGGACAUGCUGCUACAGGAGAGAAGAGCAGACUGGAAACAAACAGAGUCCAGGUGGAUGCCCAUGGAAACGUGCUGGAACCACGGGAACUACGAAAUAACAUUUGCACAAUCUUCCAUGACCCCCCAGCCACCACAUACAUGUGCAGCAGUGCCAACCUGCAGUACAGAAGAGCCACUUCCAGCAGAGACCUCUACAGCAGGAGUGCUCUGGACAGGCACAGGCUCCAUAAAAAAGGACACUUACGCAGGAGGGCAUCCCAGAUCAAAGUCAAAAUCCCUGAUUUGACUGAUGUUAACCUGAUAGACAAGUGGUCCAGAAUGGUCUUUCCCAUCAUGUUUAUUCUCUUUAAUGUUGUUUACUGGCUGUAUUAUGUCCACUAAGUUAUGCAAUAAUGUUACCACAUACUAACAUAAUUAGACUUGUUUCUUUUCCUUCUCAAUUUUGUAAAUUCUGAAGAACUGCAGUAGCUAUAAUGUUCCAUGCUCAACGUAAGAUACUCCGCCAUGGAACAUUUCUAGAUUUAAGCUUUAAAAAAAAACCAACAACCCAACACAAAUCCAGAGUCGCAACAUCUAGAUCAGUAGAGUACAGAUCAACUCUUAAGAAGCAUUUGAGAAAAAAUUGCUCUACCUUGAUUUUUACAAAGUUUAUGCAUCACCCAUGACCUUUCUGUGCCAAAUUUAAUUUUUUUUUUUAAGUGGAAAUUUGUCCCACUGUAUUUCUUAUCACAUAUUGGCAGCUCACAGCAGCAUGCUUCCAAAUAACACAGUCAAACUACUCGUAGUAUCUAUGUCACUGUCUUUCACCAUUCAGAGUGUAGAGAAAUUUGAAGAAAUUACAGGUUAAAUGAUUAUAACUAUUGCACCAUGCUUCAGUUCAAACUUAAUAGCUUUACUAGGAAGUAUUUCCAUUGUGUGUUUGAGUAGUAUCACUCAAGGAGAAGUCAAAUAACAUUUUCAUAGACAGAGAUCUUCAAAAGUAAAAAGCAGAGAAAAAUCCCACUGAGUAUCCAAGCAAGGAAUCAGCUGAUUUGAUCUCAAUGGAAUUCUGUUAUUUCCACAAUAACAGAAGCAAAGUUGAUAUUUAUAAGAAGAGUUGUGCCAUAUGUAAUUUUGUGUUAAAAAGUAGAAAACAAACACAUGUUGAUUCCUUGAAGCAGCUCUGUGGGAUACCCCAGGCCAAGAUUUUUCUUAACACCCAGGCUUCCUGUGGCUGGUAAUUGCAACAUUCUCCCAAAAGUUGGUAGAUGUCUGGGAACAGAUCUGAGGAAAUUUCUGCACACAGUUUCCUUCAGAUUUCUUUAUUCCGCUGAGAACCAGGAGAUGCAGCUGAGUCCUACAGCACUCUGGCAAUGCUGGGUGCACUCCUCCUGAGGAGCUGCCUCUUCUUACCUGGCUGCUUGUGGCCUGACACAACUGCAGCCAAGGAGCCACAGGCAAAGGGCUACAAUGUCCAUGCAACUGAGAAGCAAUAGGUCAGUCGUGUUCUACCUAUAUUAAAUCAAUUUUCCUUCUCUAUUUCCAAUUGUUUCCUUACAGCACUGAUACUAUAUUGCCUAACAUAGCUUUUUAUUGAAAUUAUUAUCAGUCAAUUUUUUUUUAUUCCAAGUGUUUCAUACUUUAGGAGAGUCAAGACAUACAAGCCAACAGAGUCUAUGUAGGCACUGAGGUGGUAUUAUCAAUGGAAGCUGGUACAGAAAGAAACAUUGGUCAGGAUACAAACAAAAAAGUGAUGUGGAAAAGUGAUGUUCUUCAGUAGUUCCUCGUUGCCUGGCAGAAAGGACAGCUGAUAACCUUAUUGCCAAGUGACAUUGCAAUCUCUUUAAUCAGAACACAAUAAUGAAUUAAACCCUCCUACAUGUUAUGGUUUGUCACAUUGUGCAAAUUGAACCUUCUCACAGACCAGGGCCUGCAGCCCCUUCCCUUUGUGUGCACAGCAGGCUUCUGCAGAAUGAGGUGGAAUCAUAGAAUCACCAAACAAGAAAGGGAGUAGGUUUAAUGUAAUCACUACGAAAGUUAUAAGGCUGCAAACCAGGCAUUUGACAUUGCCAAUCAAAGGGAGUCUUUGAAACUAUCCAUUUUUCUGUGGGCUCCAAAGUCCAGUCUCAUCCCAAGCUCAAUGGAGCACAAUCAUGGUCUGCUCAGAUGUCUUCUCUCUGCUGCUACAACAUUUAACCUCCGGUCUACUACACAGUUACACAAUUUUACAAGAUUAAUCAGCCCCUAAGUACAACUUGAGGUGAUUCAGGACAAAUGUUAAUUCGGACAAAGGGCUCUUGUGAAUAGGCCAUGUAUGCCUAUCCCCUCCCUGAAACAACUCAAAAUAAUUUUUAAACAAGAAUCCCACAUGGGACAGUGUGAUUAAGUUUUUAAUCAUAGUUAAGAAAUGUUUAUAUCAAGAAUAUUUCAGUGGAAACUAACAAUAUUAUUUUGGUAUUGUAAAAUAAAGAAUACAGAGAGCAUAAGGAAGUCUUGCAAAUUGAACUUCCAAAACUGCAAAAAAUAGCAGCAGGAGGGAGACAGCAGUAGGACCAUAUGCGCUGUCCAUUGCAAACACACAUCCCAUUAAAUAGUUUUGAAUUCUUUGAACUGGCAUGAGACUUAACAGAGUAAGUCCAUGAGCCAUUGAAUUUGCCUGCUUUGUGCUUAUACACAAAAAUUAAUUCAAAGUAAUUUAAAGAAAAUAAUGAAUUCUGCAGAUUUGUAGUGUAAAAUACAACCAUCAGUCAUUCAUAUUUUGCAUUACCAGAUUUCCAAAAGAUAUUCAUAGACAGACCUCAGGUAAGUAAUUAAACCCAGCUGAUCAGGUGGUGAAGAGAUAAUGCAACCUCUCCUUAUAGCUGCAGUGAACAUUUUAGAAGAGCCAGCAUCCAACAGGACAUCAAAAAGUCUUUAGGUUAAAAAAAAAAGAUCCUUUGUUUUUGCUUACAAGAGCAAAGAUCAGCUUUAUGGUUUUCAGCAUUUCUUUUGCAGGCCCCUAACAUCUGCAUACACAUAUUUUUCUAGUUUAUGGUUCAGCCAGAUACUCCUGGCACAGUUGAUAGGUUUAACCUGGACUAAAAUCAGUUACAUUGUACAGUUACAAAGAAAAAAAAAAAAAAAGGUAUGAAGUAGAGUAAAAGCCAUUAACAAAACAAGAGCAGCACAUGCAAAACUCCUGAAGAACAGCAUGUUCCAAAAUAGGACCUACUCUUGUGCUCCAGGAGAGGUCAAACACCUGCCUGUCCAAAUCCCAGCCCCACAGUCCAUUUUGAGCAGCACACACCAAGGCCUCUCUGCAUCAAGAGCUGGAAGCCACAACCUCGAGUCAGGAAACAGCUGCCAGCUCUUGGUGCAAAGUUUGGCAGCAGAGACUAAUAACCCAUCACAGACAGAGGCAAGAGCUACUAAGUGUAGGAGAAACUACUUCUAGAGAAAAAAGCAGAAGAAAAUAUCUCUCACCUGACAGCAAUAGCUUGGCAGCAAGGAAAAGCCAGUGGUAUUAGUGCAUGGCAUGGCAAAAUGAGUCCAUUUACCCAGCUACAAUGCCAUCUGGAGCUAGAAAUUAUGGAGCAAAAAACAAGCACGAUCUCUUCCCAUCAAAAAAUUGGAGUAAUUUGGCUGGCUUCAUGCAAGAAAGGUGAAAAAUGCUAAGUGCCCUCACAGUUGUAUUUCUGUAGUUUCCCUAGCCUGAAGAACCAGACUUCAAGAUGAGCAUAGAUAAGGUCCCAUUGCUAAUUAGGUUUCACUAAACUCCCAUGCAGUUUGUGCAGCUCUCAUGCAAUUUCUCCUGGAAGUCAUUGUUUUUGGCUGAGUUUCCUGAGGCACUGAGGUUCUACUGUCCCCGAGCGUGUAUAUUUGUGUGCCUACCUGGGAGUCUCCCAACAAUAUUUGAAUCUAUUGAUAAUUUCAACCAAUAAUUUUCUUUUAGUUCAAAAGCUAAAAGGACAGUAAGGAUCUGAGACACUACAUACCUACAAGUUUCAAAAGCUAGCAGCCAGCUCAGCAGAGGACAAAGCUCACAUUUUCAUCUGCCUCUUCUCUGGCAGAAAGAAGCUUGAUGAACUCCAGCCUUAUGAGACACAAAAACCAGUUUUUCAGUGAAACAGGAAUAUUUUUGACAUUAUAUUGCUUUAUGCUACCACUGACCAGCACAAAGGUUGCAAUUUCAGAAAAUCUGCUGGCUCACCUGGUUCACCCUUACAGGAAAUGUUCCUUCCCUUUGUACUGCAAGUGGAGGAUUUCUUGACGUAAAUCACAAGGAAAGUCACCCAGGGCCUGAGGGCCACAUUCCAGCUGUUUCCCAUCACCAAGGAGUCUGUUCUCACAUAUUGAGGGUGCAUUGCUAACACAUCCUUGGGAAUAUUAGUGCUGGAUUAUAUCUGUUACGUAAAAAAAAUACUUUAAAAAUGGGUUUUCUAUUACAAAGCAUGACCUCCCCACAUCUGUGACUGGGCAUUUCUUCCUGCCUCCUUGGGCAACCAAUCACCCUGCAGCCCAAGGAAGGCAAGAGAUCACACAAGAAUAAUGUAUUUCAGCAUGUAAUAAUGCUGAAAUGUAUAUGCACAGGCUGAAAGAAUUAAGUGACAAAUAAAAAAGGCAGCAUUUCUUAUAAAAGAAGAGCAGGUGACUUUGGUCUACUUGCUGCCUUGGAGUGCAGAGUUAACUCUAAUGGUGUUGUUUGCUCCUUGACAUGUCUAUUUCUCAAUUAUUUUGUAAGUAAUCUUGAAUCUCCCAGAAUUAUAAAAACAUCCCUUCUUGUCUCAUGCUGGUGCCAAUAUAAGAAAUGGCCUGGUACUCACUCUUUUACAUGUUUUUGGGGUUUUUUUUGCAAAUUCCAAUUGCAUUUGAGUAUCAAUACUAAUGAGGAACUAAAAUAAUUACAUGGCAGCAGAAGUAUGUCAUAUUGCUAGAGAUCAUCUCUGACCAAUUUCUUUUAACUCAUCCUUGGCUCUCGCACAUGUACCCACACAUUCCUAUGCAAAAGUAUAAAAUCAAUCACACUGCCAAAAAUGUAAGAAAGAUGGUUUCCUUUAGCAGAUCAUGCCUUUCAGUGAGAACAUCAGCCAUCUCAUCCACAUCUGUGAACAUACCAGUCUCCUUGUUCCUAUCUCUGAAAUGUCAUUUGGUGUUUUGAUCUAGCUGACAACAUAUUACCUGAUUUUUUUUUUUUUUUAGAUUUUCAGAGGAAUCUUUGAAUGUUGUACACUACAGCUAACAUUUCUGUAACAAAUCAGGCAAAUCAUCAUUUCAAGAAAGAGCUGACGGAGAUUUUGGGAUCGGUAAAGAAUUUAGGAUUGGGUUUUACAAAGGAAGUUAAUAGCAGUUCUCAUCAGAUGAUCCAACGUCGUUCUGGCUCCCAUUUUAAACAAUAUCAAUAGAAAUAUGGCACAUGUGAAACCUCUGCCUUCACCCCCCUGCCAAAAAAAUUACUGUAGCCAUCAAAAAAUAUUUACUUAAUCUAUAUGAUGCUAUGAAUCCUUCCCCACAGAUAGUCCGUCAACAAAGCAGUCCCUGUGGACCUGUAGCAGUUCCUAGUUAGGAAAAUCCCCACACCUUCCAGUGCCUUUCAUUACUCUAUUAGCUAAACUAGCUGAGUAACCCAGUGCUUAAAAAUAGCCAGAGCCUUCUCUAUGUAGUACUCUCCACACAGGCCUGCAAAAGUCCAAAGAAUGAAUCUUGUGAUAUUUGCCUCCUUUUCUGGGUUUUGGUGGGAGUUAUUUGGUCUUUCUGGAGAAGCCCUGAAGCAGGAAUGAACUAAAAUUUCACAGAGGAAAGAGAGUAUACCACCAAAUGUAAUUGAGGUUGAUUUAAAGUAAAAAAAAAAAAAAAAAAAAAAAAAAAAAAAAAAAAAAAAAAAAAAAUUAUGGACUAUCUUGAUGCACUUAUGAAAACAUUCUUUAGUACUAGAAGAGUAAAAAUCCCUUUACUGCUGAUACUGCAUUAUAAAUAUUAAUACACAAAUCAAAAUGAUAGCAAAAUGUUCAUACUUCAGGAUAGGGUGUUACUGGUUCUUAAAACCACCUUUCAGAAGAAAGCAUAAUUAUGUCUCAACAUGUUUCCCAUCAGAAAGGCUUGCUUCAGAACUCAGAAAUGUUCUACAGACUUAUUUAGAUCUUUUAAAAACACAGCUUCUUGGCAUAUAUAAUUGCUUUGUUGCAAAAGCAGUUUUAUAAACAAUAGUCAAUUCCACACUGACGGUUUGCUGUUCAUAUGCAGUUCUGGUUUCCUUUAGCAUAACAAGAUCAAAGCUGACAUGGCUGAUAUGAAAAAAAAAAAAAAAGUUUUUUCUGAAAUCAAGGGAAGAUUUCUGUGAAACAAAGAAAAGAGCAAUGAACACCAGCAGAGGGCAAGUAACAUUAUUUUUAUAAUUUACUUUUUAUAUUUUGUAUCAAGAUAUGCUGAUUUUCUGAUUCAAAUUGCAGGUGUUAAUGUGCAAUGUGCAUUUCUGCAGGUGCUUUUUAGGUGGUGAAAUUACAACUUCCUACAGUGUGUCUAUUAUAUGUAGGUACUGAUUUCUCGUUAGCUUUUGGUUCAAAAAGCCUCCUGUGCAAAGUUUUGUUUCUGUUGUAAAUUACGUACUCAAGAGACUUCUCCUUAGUACCUUUCUUGAACAUCUUUAUGAUGGUUUGUUGGAGGGGGGUUUGCCCGUGCCACUGCUGGCCCCAGAAGUGAGCUGCUCUGCCAGGUAAGGACUGGGAGAACAGGAACCCAUGGUGUAGAAUUGGGCCAAAGGAGCAGCAUCUCCUGAAACAAUACUUACCAGUGAGUGUGGUGGGAUGUGCAAACUCCAGAGCUAUUCCACAUGCUGCAGCCAGUUAAUUAGAAUGAGCUCACACAUGGAAGAAUGUAGGAAAAUACAGAUAUUGGCAAAUAGAACAGAAAAGCAAGGACAAAAUUCAGUUCUUUAAUGCUAAUGGAGUCUCAUUAAUCUCUCACACCUUUGGCCUAAUUCUUAGUCACAGGCACAAGUUUCCUUGUCAGUGGGGCUCCUCACACUCUCCUCAAGACAUGCUCCUGGCCACAAGCUUGUUCCAGAUGCUUUUGUCCUGUACAGGUUUGUCCCAUUUACUACCUGCUCAUGUCUACCUGCAUUCAGCAAAGUGUAGCUGAAGAUGGCACCAGUGCAAUGGAUCUUGUGAAAGCUCUAGCUUUUUUCAUUAAUCUGCUCUGGUACAGUCUCCACAAAGGCCUUAUCUGUCACAACAGGAGAGCUUGCUUGUUCCAGAAGUAACUAAUUCUCUGAGCAAAGACAAAAAAUCUUACAGACAGUACAAAGAGCAAGCUCUGUUCUCCAUUCUUUCUGGUCCUUUUCCAUGCCAUCUGCUGGAGGCCAGUAUGUGUCUUAUAUUUGUCUGUAGAGAUGUAAG